ACACCCAUGGAAUUCCAUUCAACCAGCAUAGGUGCUGUCUAAUCCUAAACCAAUUAAGAAUGCUAAUCCACAGGAGGCCACAAGCAACUACUCUCUAAUCUGUGGAGAACAUCUGCGUGGCCUAAGGGCCCUUAGGAGAAAGUCGUUUCACGGGGACAUCUGCACUUACUACACCCUGGAAGUCUGUGUUCUUUUCCUGAAGUUCCUCCCAACUCUGCCCUAGAUUGGAUGAGCCCCAGCACAGCGGCAGUCCAGUGGGCUGAGGACAAAAGAUCUUCUAUUUUUUCAUCAACCUUCCACCUCGUAGACCUGGGCCUAAUCGCUGGGACAAAGAUGGUGGGUGCAAAGGCCAUCGCAGGCCCCAGCACCUCCCUUCACCUGACACAGCAACACAGUGAAGUCUGCAGUGUCAUAGUGAAACCUCCCUUCUAUCAGGUGCCCUGCUGUAGAUCUGUUCCCUGUACCUGCUGCUGCCAUUCUAGGUGGCCUUAUCUCACAGAGUCCACUUAUAGCCGCCUGUUCUACAUCCUCCUCCAUGCAGGGGCCUCAGUAGUCUGCUGUCUCCUGUUGUCAAGAACUGUAAUGGAGAGGGUAUGGGGUAAAACACAUGGGAUCCAGAUGCCUUCAGAGUUGUGUGCCCAUCUGUUUGGCCACUCUCACUGCCCAGUGCUCAGUGGCUCUGGGGCUGUGUACCGAGUUUGUGCAGGAACUGCCACCUUCCACCUGCUGCAGGCUGUGCUGCUGGUCCACCUCCACUCCCCUACCAGCCUGCGGGCACACCUGCAUAAUAGCUUCUGGCUCCUCAAGCUACUGUUCCUGCUAGGUAUCUGUGCUGUUACCUUCUGCAUCCCUGACGAGCAUCUCUUCCCAGCUUGGCAUUACAUUGGCAUUUGUGGAGGCUUUACAUUCAUCCUGCUGCAGCUGGUGCUUAUCACAGCGUUUGCCCAUUCCUGGAAUAAGAACUGGCAAACAGGUGCAUCCCAAGACUGCCGCUGGUUCCUAGCCAUGCUGCUGGCCACCCUAGGAUUCUACAGCAUGGCAGGCAUGGCAGCUGUGUUCCUGUUCCACUACUACACGCACCCAGCUGGCUGCCUGCUCAACAAGAUACUGCUUAGUCUGCACCUUUGUUUCUGUGGCCUCCUCUCCUUCCUCUCCAUUGCUCCUUGCAUCCGCCUCAAGCAACUGGGCUCUGGCCUUCUACAAGCCUCUAUCAUCAGCUGUUACAUCAUGUACCUGACCUUCUCUGCACUGUCCAGCCGACCUCCAGAGAGUGUAAUCCUUCAAGGAGAGAAUCAUACUCUAUGCCUGCCUGGCACAAGUAUAACGGAACCUCAAACACCAGAUACUUCCCUGGCAGUGUUGAGUGCUGGCAUCAUCAAUGAGGCUUCCUACCUGGCUGAGGUAUUUGGGCCCUUGUGGAUCAUCAAGGUUUACAGCUAUGAGUUCCAGAAGCCCUCACUCUGUUUCUGUUGUCCUGAAACAGUGGAGGCAAAGGAAGGGCAAGGGGAAGGAGCUGCCAGGCCAGAUGACCAAGAGACCUCUCCAGUUCCUCCAGUGCAAGCCCAGCACCUUUCCUACAGCUACUCUGCCUUUCACUUCGUCUUCUUCCUUGCAUCCCUCUAUGUCAUGGUUACCCUUACUAACUGGUUCAGGUAGGAUGGAGGUAGCCUGGGAUACUCUCCUGAAAUCCUAGCUACUUGAGGCAAAGAGCAAGCCAAGGCCACUCCCAAAGGUUUCCAGGAGACACACAUGCGUCUGCCAUAAUCUGGUGGGAAGGUAGGACAGGUCUAGAUGCAUAUUUUCUAACCACAGACUUUGGUUUCACAGCUAUGAGGGAGCAGAACUGGAAAAGACCUUCACCAAGGGGAGCUGGGCUACCUUCUGGGUCAAGACUGCCUCAUGCUGGGCCUGUGCACUCCUCUAUGUGGGGCUGCUACUGGCACCACUCUGUUGGCCCCCCACCCAGGACCCCAAGCCGCCGCCUAUCUUUAUGCGACACUGCCAUCGUAUUAGUGUUGCCAGAUAGUAAACAUCCAGUUUAGAUACUUUUAACAAAGCUGGUUCCUUUGAGGCUAUGCUCCUAGUCUUGGUUCAGGGGAACUGUACAGCCCAGCAAAUACCUCAAGGACAUAAUGGGCAGUUACCUUGUUUAGGCUGAAGUCAAUAUUAGUCUGAAUUGGAAAAAGUGGUUAUAUAUACCCUAAUGCCCUGGGCAAGUAUCUGACUCACUAGAGCUACCAUUAUAUCUUCACCCUAACUGAAGAGCCUGACUCCCAAGCUAGCAACUCAGGGAACCACUGCUGACCCCAGCAGAUAGUGUGAUACCAGCCCUUUCCUGGCUCUCAUGGUGGAGAUGAGGGCAGGGGAAAAACCAAGAGGGACUGAAGACUCAUUUGGCUCUGCCCUUGGAGAUAAAAAGAAACAAGCAAUUCAGCCCUGGGCACAGGGAUAUAAGAAGCCCAGAACAAACCCAGACACAGGAAGAAAAGAACAGACACUACCCUAGGUUUUAAUCCUGAUCUUAAGGUCAAAGUAGUGGGAAGACAAAAACCACCCUCACUUCAUGAGGAAUGAAAGAAGACAAUGUGAACACUUGAAAGCAGCUGACUGUAAGAAGUCAGUGAGCAGCAGGCUUUUGGGGCCCGCUUUCAAGCAGGCAAACAAACUGAGAAAGAAUAAGGAAGAAGGGCAUAAACUUGGGUCUUGGAGCCUUCCUCCUUAGGCCCUCAACUCCAUCCCUGGGAUGGUGUUUAAGGUCUAAGUAGUGGACAAAAAUUACAGAAAAGAAGUCCCUAUGGCUCUUAGAAGAGUCUUCUACCACAUUCCCAGAGUGCUUGAAUGUUUGUUAUAGUAAUAAUAAAGAACUUUUCUCUGA